AUAUGUCGCUUUCCCUUUAAAUAAUUUGAAACGAAGUCAUGAGGUGGCGCGGGGAUUAUGGGAAUUGUAGUGGGUAGUUUUCAGGCCGGCACUCUCCUCUUCUCAGCGGGGCAGACGUGGAAGACUACAAUCCCAGUGGCGCCGGUGUUGCUGUCUUUGGCUCAGUUUCUGUCGACGUGGGAAAAGCGGUGCAAGAGCAAACAACACUCAGUCUGUGGGUGUAUGCGCUUGAGAUGAAACCAGUGUCAUGCAAGAGGACGCGUAUCUCUGAAAACAGAUUCCAGCAUGUGGCUCAAACCCGAAGAGGUGCUUCUCAAAAACGCGCUGAAAUUAUGGGUGACGGAGAAAUCCAACGAUUACUUCGUGCUGCAGCGCAGACGCGGAUACGGAGAGGACAGCGGCGGAUUGACAGGCCUGCUGGUUGGAACUUUGGACACAGUUCUUGACUCCACAGCCAAAGUCGCACCGUUUCGCAUUUUACACCAGACGCCCGACUCUCAGGUGUACUGGAACAUUGCCUGUGGAGCAUCUUUAGAGGAGAUCUCAAAGCACUGGGACUGGCUGCAGCAGAACAUCAUCAGAACUCUCGCUGUGUUUGAUUCUGGCGAAGACAUCACCAGUUUUGUCCAGGGAAAGAUAAGGGGUCUGAUAGCAGAGGAGGGCACAUCAGCCAGUGACGAAGAGGAUCCCGAACGCUUCCGGGAGGCAGUGCUGCGCUUUGAACUUCUGUUCGGUGUGCCUCAGAGAGAGAAGCUUGUGACUUAUUUCUCUUGCAGCUACUGGAGAGGACGAGUGCCAAAUCAGGGCUGGAUCUACCUCAGCACCAACUUCCUGUGUUUCUACUCCUAUAUGCUGGGAAAUGAGGUGAAACUGGUGUAUCCCUGGGAUGAGGUGAGCCGUCUGGAACGUACGUCGAGUGUGUUGUUGGCAGAGAGCAUCCGAGUGUGUGUGCGUGGAGAGGAUCAUUUCUUCUCAAUGCUCCUGAGGCUCCAGCAGACAUACCUGAUCAUGCAGCAGCUGGCCGACUACACCAUUGUGCGGUUCUUCGACAAAGAAACAUUUAAUGCUGAGCAUCCACUGGCCAACCCCCUUCACGUCACACAGAGGGCUCUGGAAAUACAUGCACGGAAUCAGUCAUUUCGAGCAUUUUUCCGGUUGCCGCAGGAGGAGAACCUUUGUGAAGUGUAUGAGAGUUUCCUCUGGGUUCCAUUCAGCCACGUCAAUACGCUUGGGAAAAUCUGUGUCUCUGAGAACUAUCUGUGCUUUGCAAGCCAGGAUGGUUCUCAAUGCCAUCUCAUUGUCCCUCUAUGGGAGGUGUUUAGUGUGGAGCUGCCAGACCGCAGUAGUCGUGCUCUUACUGUGUGUCUUCGUGGCAAAAGAGCUUUGCGUUUUUCUGAGGUUCGGGAUUUUGAGCGACUUGCUGCCACCAUCCGCAGAAAGUGUAGGACAGCAGGAAGCCCCCAGCAUUUCAUCAGUAAUCCGGAUGAGGAGGGUGUUAUGGUGGGGCAAAGUCAAGCCGUCAGCACUGAAGCUCUUAUGAACGUCUUUCAUCCGCAUGAUGCAGAAAACCUUGACCCCAAAAUGCUGAAGGAGCGAAUGAAGGAGCAGUCGUGGCAGAUCCAUUUUGCUGAAUAUGGCCGUGGAACUGGAAUGUUUUGCACCAAAAAAACACGUGACCUCAUUGUACGAGGAGUUCCAGAGACUCUCAGAGGAGAACUGUGGAUGCUCUUCUCAGGUGCAGUACAUGACAUGACCUCUCAUCCCGGGUACUAUGGGCGGCUACUGGAGGAGUGUAUGGGCAGCAGCUCGCUUGCGUGUGAUGAGAUUGAGAGAGAUCUGCAUCGCUCCCUCCCAGAACACCCAGCAUUCCAGAGCGACACAGGAAUCUCAGCUCUUCGGCGUGUCUUGACUGCCUAUGCUCAUCGCAACCCCAAAAUCGGUUACUGCCAGGCAAUGAAUAUCCUGACAUCUGUGUUGCUGCUGUAUGCUAAAGAGGAAGAGGCAUUCUGGCUGCUGGUCGCUGUGUGUGAACGAAUGCUACCAGACUACUUCAACCGCAGAAUUAUUGGAGCCCUGGUGGACCAGGCUGUGUUCGAGGAACUUAUCCGUGAGCAUCUAACCCAGCUGACCGAACACAUGACAGACUUGUCGUUCUUCUCGUCAGUGUCGUUGUCAUGGUUCCUGACUCUCUUCAUCAGUGUAUUGCCAAUAGAGAGCGCUGUGAAUGUUGUCGACUGCUUCUUUUAUGAUGGAAUCAAAGCCAUCCUGCAACUUGGCCUUGCUGUCCUCGACUAUAAUAUAGACAAUCUGCUUUGUUGCCAUGACGACGCAGAAGCUGUCACAGUCCUCAACAGGUUUUUUGACAGUGUCACAAAUAAAGACAGUCCCCUGCCAGUUACCGUACAGCAGGCUUCUUCUGCAACAGCCAAUGACAAAUCAAUACAAAAGGUUGACAUCAGCAAUCUCAUCAAAGAAGCAUAUGAGAAAUAUGGAGACAUUCGAACAGAGGAAGUGGAAAACAUGCGGAAGAGGAACAAACUUUAUGUCAUUCAGACACUAGAAGACACGACAAAACAAAAUGUAUUGCGUGUUGUUGCUCAAGAUGUGAAGUUCAGUGCUGCUCAGCUAGACGAGCUCUACAUGCUUUUUAAAAGGCAACACUUUGUGAGCUGUUACUGGUCAGUGUGUAGUCCUGCCCUGCAGAACCAUGACCCCAGCCUGCCAUAUCUGGACCAGUACCAGCUGGAUCAGUCCCAGUUUAGUAGCCUGUUUAACCUCCUACAGCCAUGGACCACACACACGCACGCACGCUCACUGGCACGAUCAGCCUUCCGGCUUCUGGACGAGAACGGAGACGGACUUUUGAACUUCAAAGAUUUCAUAUGUGGUCUGGAUAUCCUAUACAACAAAUCAUUCACAGAAAAACUAACAUUUCUCUUCAAACUGCACCUUCAACCAGGGACCCAGGAGUGUAAGAUUUUACCGUCGUCUAGAUUUUUUCCUCCAGCUGAAGAUCACUCUUUCUCCACUCGUCUUUCUGAUUCUGCAGAGGAUGGAGUGAUCAGAAAAUGUCCAGAGAGAGGUCGUGCUAAAGUAGAUCUGCAGGAAUAUCUGAAACAGUGGCAGGAAGACUUGCAGCGGAGAGAGGGGAAUAUUAAAGAUCUGCCCAGAAUUAAUCAGGUGCAGUUUAUUGGUUUGACAAAGACCCUGUACGGAGUGUUCCACGGUGAUGAGGAGGAGGAGAGUCUGUACCGUGCUGUGGCACGAGUGACCAGUCUUCUGUUGCGCAUGGAGGAGGUGGGGCGGAAGCUACAGGAGAGCAGCCCGCAGAAAACGCCCCAAAGUACACCCACCAGCACGGCUCAGCCGGAGACCUCCCCAACAUUACCCACCAGCCCUGAGACCGAAACCCUCGCUGAGGGGGAAGGCGGCCAACCUGAGUCUCCGGUCAGUCAACAAGAAACUGCCCCGUCCCACUCUGACAUUACCCCGACCUCAACCUCACGCCCUUCUACGCCCACCAGCAGUCCCACCGGAACCAGCAGCCCCGUGUUGGACACGCCAACAGACACCCCCAGCUCACCCUCUACGGUCAGAGACGGGGACUGGAGUUUCUCCUUCGAGCAGAUUCUUGCGUCUCUCCUGAAUGAACCGUCUGUCGUUCGCUUCUUUGAACGGGCCAUUGACACGGAUUCUCUGAUUGCACAUGCACGUAAAAACCAGCUUAAAGACGCACACUAACACACUAUAUCAGAGCAAUCACAGCAAAACACUGCCCUAAAAGCCAUAAACCCUCUCCCUUCCUCUUUCUCUCUUUCUGUGGGACUUGUACAGGUCAGUGUUUGUGAAACACUUACGUCUGUUACAGAUGAGGAAAUCCUUUUAUUUAUAUACAGACACACAUAUACAGGACAAGUACAAAUCAAAGGGACAAAAAAAA